UGCUGCCUGGGGCUGUUGCUGGUUCCAGGCCUUCGGGUCGCCCCUUGGCCUCUGGUCAUGUGAGCCCAUAGUCCUUCCUGCCUUGGUGACAGCGUGUACGAAAAGCCGGGGCUCGAUUUGGACAUAGUAGGAAUCCUAUUAUUGAGACCCUGUAUAUAGAAAAACAUGGUAGUUUCUACCUUCAUCAGUUAAUAAAAUCAAAUACCUACUAUUGCUAUUCUUAAUCAUAAUUACAUUGAAUUUGCGAUGGGGGUGGGGGGAAAUGCAUGUCAUUGCAGUUGAUACCUGUUAAGAAACUCUCCAUUUGUGCCCUGAAAACCAUAAUGGAGAUAUCAAUGCCUCCACCUCAGAUAUAUGUAGAAAAAACUCUGGCCAUUAUCAAACCAGAUAUUGUUGACAAAGAAGAGGAGAUACAAGAUAUUAUUCUUAGAUCCGGAUUCACCAUUGUUCAGAGAAGAAAACUACACCUCAGCCCUGAGCAAUGUAGUAACUUUUAUGUGGAACAGUAUGGAAAAAUGUUUUUCCCCAAUUUAACAGCUUACAUGAGUUCUGGACCACUUGUCGCCAUGAUAUUAGCUAGACAUAAAGCCAUCUCUUAUUGGUUAGAACUUUUGGGACCAAAUAAUAGCUUAGUAGCGAAGGAGACACAUCCAGACAGUCUGAGGGCAAUUUAUGGCACAGAUGACCUAAGGAAUGCACUUCAUGGGAGUAAUGACUUUGCUGCUGCGGAAAGAGAGAUACGUUUUAUGUUUCCUGAAGUGAUUGUUGAGCCCAUUCCAAUUGGACAAGCUGCUAAGGACUAUUUAAAUUUACAUAUAAUGCCAACUCUGCUUGAAGGACUCACAGAGCUUUGUAAGCAAAAACCAGCAGAUCCUUUGAUUUGGCUAGCUGACUGGCUGCUGAAAAAUAAUCCUAACAAACCCAAACUUUGUCACCAUCCAAUUGUAGAAGAACCUUAUUAAAAAAAAAUCCUCCAAAGAACAAAUCAUGAACUAUCUUAUUGUAAAAGGCUGUACUUGUACUGUUUGAAAAAAUUGUUUCUAGGGUUUAAGUAACUACAAGUAAAAUAAAUUUAUUUCUUAAAAAUAAGUGUUAAAGGAAUAACUAUUCUAUGAAGCAGAUAACAUUAAGGUAAAAUAUAGGCUUAGAGUAUGAUUUUCACAAUGAUGUAACACUAGUUAAUGGAAAACUGAUGUAAGAUGUUGCUAGAUGUUUUUCUUAAGUUUGAGAAGUAAGACAUAAAGUUUAGUUAUACAUUUUCCCAAGCACAUAUCCUAUAUCUAGAUACAUAAUUAAUGCACAGUUGAGACAGUCUAGUUUAAAAGGCAUAGGUCCUUUUGUAGUCCAUAAGCAUGAUGAUUUGGUUUCAUGCUCAUGUGUGAGAUAUGCUUCCCUCAAACCUUGUUACAGCAUCAUCACAUUACCUCUUUGAUGUAAAAAAUAAAAAAUAGAAAGGUGUAA